GGAGGAGGGAGAGCAGGAGGGGGCAGCCCGUCGGGAAAGCACCAGGAAAAAGCUUUGCUCUCGUGACUUUUAUAAAAAGGGGGUCUGUGCAGACCGGGAUCCACCGCGAACCCGUCUGCUGUGGCUGGCGGAGGAGAGAAGGCUGCUGAAAACCUGGAUGCUACUCCUCUGACUGUGCAGGCGCAUUUCCAGCAGUGAUGGGGGGCGGAGGUCAGCAGACGGACCCGGCCAGGGAAGCAGGUGUCUACACCUGGGAGGAGGUGCAGAAGCACCGCAGCAGGAACGAUCAGUGGCUGGUCAUCGAUCGAAAGGUGUACAACGUCACCCAGUGGGCCAAAAGGCACCCGGGAGGGUUUCGGGUCCUCGGCCACUAUGCUGGGGAGGAUGCCACGGAGCCAUUUGCUGCUUUCCAUCCUGAUCAGAAGUUGGUGCAAAAGUAUUUGAAGCCUCUGCUACUUGGAGAGUUGGCUGCGACGGAGCCCAGUCAGGACAGCAACAAGAAUUCGGCGAUCGUACAGGAUUUUGAUGCUUUAAGAGAGCAGGCAGUGGAGGAGGGUUUGUUUCAAGCUACGCCGUUGUUCUUCUGCCUCCAUCUGGGCCACAUCCUGCUGCUGGAGGCCCUCGCGUGGCUCACUGUCUGGAUGUGGGGGACCAGCUUGGUACCGACAUUACUGUGCACGGUGAUGCUGACAACAGCUCAGGCGCAGGCCGGCUGGCUGCAGCAUGACUUCGGUCACCUUUCUGUCUUCAAGAAGUCGAAGUGGAACCAUCUGGUUCACAAGUUUGUGAUUGGGCAUUUAAAGGGGGCCUCAGGAAACUGGUGGAAUCAUCGGCACUUCCAGCAUCACGCCAAACCUAACAUCUACAGCAAGGACCCAGACAUCAACAUGAUGGAGCUGUUUGUACUUGGAGCCAUUCAGCCGGUGGAGUAUGGAACGAAGAAGAUCAAGCACAUGCCGUAUAACCACCAGCACCGCUACUUCUUUCUCGUGGGACCGCCGCUGCUCAUUCCAGUCUUCUACAACUUCAAUAUCUUUAAGACCAUGAUCAUGCGUCGCGACUGGGUGGACCUGGCUUGGUGGGUGACGUUUUACGUGCGCUUCUUCUCCACUUACGUACCGCUGUACGGCCUACUGGGUACACUGGCACUCACAACGAUUGUCAGGUUUUUGGAGAGUCACUGGUUCGUGUGGGUGACCCAGAUGAGCCAUCUGCCGAUGGAGAUGGAUCACGAGAACCACCAGGACUGGCUGAGCACGCAGUUACACGCCACCUGUAAUAUUGAGACGUCCUUCUUCAACGACUGGUUCAGUGGACACCUCAACUUUCAAAUCGAACACCAUUUGUUUCCCAGGAUGCCACGCCACAACUACCACCUGGUGGCACCAAAGGUCCGUGCGCUGUGCGAGAAGCAUGGGAUCCCUUACCAGAUGAAAGGCUUGUGGCGAGGCAUGGCUGAUGUUGUCAGCUCUCUGAAAACCUCAGGAGAUCUCUGGCUGGAUUCAUAUCUCCAUAAAUGAUCGAAGGUUUCCCCUCUCUCGGAUCACAGACUGCCUGUUCUAGCUUUUAAAAGACAGUUGAUCACAUGGGAUUUUUCUAAAGUGAACAGAUUAGACUUUAUUCUUUGUGCACAUAGGAUUUUUGAUUAUGGUGAUCAACCUUAGAGGUAUGUUUUAGGUAAAACUAUGAAAACUGGCAGUAGACAAUUUAAAAGGAGGUGAUAGUUCGAACAGAAAGACACGAUAGCAGCUAAACUGACGAUUCAGUGUAACCGAUGCUUACAAGGCCCAUUUAAAUUUCUUCUGUCUAAUCUGUAACAUAUUUUACUGUAACCCCUGUUUUCUCUUUCUAUACGCAAUAAACACGUGUUGUUGACUA